GACCACCAGCCAGCCCACAGAGUACUCCUGCCAAGGCCUUCACAGUGGGCAGCCCGUGCGUUUCCUCACCACGGCCGGCUGCCUGUGCUCCCAUUUAUUCUGGAGACCUUCCCCUGUCUACAAACACUCUGACGGGCGCUCUCAAAACCCAGACGGCCGCAGCCUGCACCCCAGCCAAGCAGAGCAGAGCCAGCCCAUGUGCUUCUCCCAAACUGAUCCCUUCCUCAAAAAUGUCCAUUAAACACUGGGUUACAAGGACUCCAUGCUCUUCUCCUCCAGAAGUGGGGAAAAAGGCUCCUUCUCCUAGAAAAGCCCUGGCAGAAGUCACCCAAGGUCUCCAAGAAGCCACUUGCCCUCCGAAAGCCCCGCACUCACAGUUUGAAAAGCGUGCCAAGAGAAGGCUUGACUGCAGCAAGGAGGACGAUAUGGGGCAGAAGUGUCUUCAGGCUUGUAGCUGUGUAACUGAACUGGACCAUGCAGCUAAGAAAUCCAAGAUGAAUUUAUGUCACUUGGCUGCAGACCAAAAAGCUUGUGAUGAAGGCUCUCUUAGCCUGGAUGACUUGGAUAAUGACCGCGAAGGCUCAAGCUGCAGCCCAAAAGAGUCUUCUUUUCCUGGAAGCUGUGUUAAUCCAUCAGGUGUUCAAACGCUCCCCCAUCUUUUCAGAUCUCCAUGCAGGAAAGACACUGAGGUAGUAGAUAAAGAGAAUAAUUCACCUGAAAGAAAAAAUUGGUUGUCUGCUCUGGGAGAGAAGCUCCGGACUGGCAGAGCUGGCAGCCAGAGUGCAUCAAACAGCCCCCCAUCAUCUUGCAGUCCUGGUGCCAAAAGACAGGAGGCUGUGACAGCGGACACUUCGCUGAAAACUGCUGCAACCACUUCAGUUUCCAUGAGGAAGAUCUGUACAUACUUCCACAGAAAACCACAGAAUGACUGA